GGCCCGGCUCCGCCCGCCUCCGCCCGCCUCCGCCCGCCUUCAGGCGGUGGCGUGCUGUCUAGGGGCUCAAGGAGUGACUUCGCGCCGUCCGCGACGCCACUCGGGCUGCGGCAGCGAUGGAGGGACCCGGGCCCGUUUGCUGCGCGGUAGCGCGCUGAUGCUGGCCAUUGACACUGACACCAAAUAUACAGGAACAGGAGCUUCGUUUUUUCCCUCUAUCCUCGUGAUAGAGGAAGUAGCCAAAGUCGACGCGUCUGUGGCUCUGCUCUCUGACAUCCAGAACACAGUAAUUAAUGGGCUGAUCAGAAAACAUGGAACAGAAGAACGAAAGGCUACCUGUUUGAUCGAGCUGGCACCAGAAAAAAUAGGAAGCUUCUGCCUUUCAGAGGCUGGAGCAGGUAGCGAUUCAUUUACUUUGAAGACCAGAGCUGAUAAAAAGGGACAUUAUUAUGUCAUCGGUGGGUCGAAGAUGUGGGUUAGCAGCGCCGAGUACACAGAGCUCUUCCUGGUGAUGGUGAAUGUGGACCCUGCCAUAGGGUAUAAAGGAAUUACCUGCUUCUUUGUGGAUCGUGAUACCGAGGACCUUCAUAUCGGGAAAACAGAAAAAAUGGGAAUCAGAACUUCGUCCACCUGCUCAUUAACACUUAAAAAUGUGAAGGUUCCAGAAGCCAGUAUCCUGGGACAAAUUGGACAUGGCUGUAAGUAUGCCGUGGGACGCCUCCGUGAAGAUGCUGCACGGAUGCCAGGACCGGCUCAAGGAUGUUUUGACUACACUAAUCCGUAUAUUAAAGAAAGGAUACGAUUUGGCAAAAGAAUAUUUGAUUUUCAGGGGCUCCAACACCAGGUGGCUCAGGUGGCCACCCAGGUGGAAGCUGCAAGGUUGCUAACAUGCGAUGCUGCUAGGCUUUUAGAAGCUGGAAGGCCAUUCAUAAAAGAAGCAUCUUUUAUGUCUAUGGCCAAAUACUACGCAUCAGAAAUUGCAGGACUGACCUCUGCAAUCUGACCACUGUGGCCUAUUGAGUGGAUAGGAGGUGUAGGCUACACCGAAAGUUACCCUGUGGAAAAAUACUACUGAGAUACGAAGAUUGGUACGAUAUAUGAAGGAGCUUCAAACAUCCAGCCGAACACCACUGCGAAGCACAUCGAUGCGGAAUACCACAGGAGCAGGACCCCUCCCUGAUGUCUCCGAGGGAGACGGUGGAAACCUGCUCAUUCCUCAGAAGAAGACAGUAAUCUGACGAGGAGGGGAGGGGUGGUUGAAAUGCUCCAAAAGAGGCUUUGGACAUCCUUCAUUUCUGUGAUUAUGUGAAAGAGGUGGACUUUACAGAUGAUGGAGUAGAAGCCCACAUUAGGAGAAAAUCCCAGCUUCCUCCUGUAGAAUUAUAAACACGCGAAUAAACUUGAAAUGACAGUGAACCUCAUUCAUGCUCAGAUUAGCAGCAUUUCAGAGUCUUCUCGUCCACCUGGACCUUGAACUUAUAUUUAGUGUUGCUGGAGUGCUAACUGUGCGCAGAUUCUUUGUGUGUCUUCGCAAAGAACAGUUGAAAAUUAAUUAGGUAUCACAAUUACCGUAUGUACCUAUCUUAUUCUAUUAGUGAUUCAUUGUGUAAUUUUACUGUUUCCCAAGGAAGAAGAUGUGGGUUUCCCCUAUAAUUCUUCCAUUAUAGCUUUUCUUAAUAACCAUGAUUUUGGAGUCUUUAAAACCCUAUCUAUCUUGAGUUUGUGUCUGGUGGCGGACAAGCUCAUUUUUCUCCUGAAGCCUGUCAUUGUUUGUUAGUUUGAGGACUGAGCUGUCAUCAGGCUCAGAAGGCAGAGACUUAAACACAAGCCCCAAGGAACCACUGACUGUAUUCAUGUGGGCGGAGCUGACAAUAUUACCCAGCUGCCCAGGUAAUAUUGUUAGAGAUUUCAUCUUACAACAUGAAAAUGAGUCACUGUCAAAUGUUUCUAGAAUCAUAGAAAGUAAAUCCUAGAAAGACCUUAGAGAACCAUUGAGCCAACUCUCCGGUUUGGAAAUGAAGAACUCCUAGCCCAGAAUACUCAGCCGAGGUCAUCCAUCCAGGGACAAGGACCAGGCAAGAAUCCAGAGGCACUGGCUUCCAGUCCAGCGCUCUUUCCACUGUUUAGCUUUGUCUCUGUUCAGCGAAUCUGGGGUUUCAUCCUUGUUAUGUGUUUCAGUAUUCUUGUUGAUUUAUGUUGGGUUUCACUGGUAAAAGAAUUAACAUUUCAGAAGUGUUAGGAUGGAUCGGUAUCAUUGUCUACAUAUAGAGAUCACCUGCCAAAGGCACUAGCUCUCUGGGGUAGCUGGUUUGUCAAAGGUGAAGGUUCUUGUGUGUGAUCAGUUCUAUGGUUAUGGCGUAUUUUUGUAAAUAUACCACUUAUAUCCUUGCUGAUCUUUCAUAAAGUGAAAGUUUUGUUUUAAUAAGUCAGACUGUACUCACUGUGAAAGAAUUUGUAUUCUAUGGAGAAUGAAAAAAUAAAGAGCUGAGUUAACCAGA